CCGGCCUCAGCCCCGCACGCCCUCCGGGGGCCAUGGGGGAGCCCCCGGGCUACCGACCCUCGGCCUGGGUGCAUCUGCUCCACCAGCUGCCCCGCGCCGACUUCCAGCUCCGCGCGGUGCCCAGCGACUUCGCGCCGCGCGAGCAGGGGUACCAGCAGGCCCUGCUGCUGGUGGCGGCCUUGGCCGGCCUGGGCCUGGGCCUCAGCCUCAUCCUCAUCGCUGCCUACCUCAUCCGCGUCUGCUGCUGCCGGCCCCCCGAGCCCCCCGGCGCCAAGAGCCCCCCGCCCGGGGGAGGCUGCGUCACCUGGAGCUGCAUAGCUGCCCUUCUCGUCAGCUGCGCGGGCAUUGGCAUCGGUUUCUAUGGCAACAGCGAGACCAGUGAUGGGGUGGCCCAGCUCAGCGCCGCACUGCUGCAGGCCAACCACACGCUCAGCGCCGUCGACUACCUGGUGUCGGAGACGGUGGAGAGGCUGGGCGAGGCGGUGCGGACCGAGCUGACCACCCUGGAGGAGGUGUUCACGCAGCGCACGGAGCUGGUGGCCGCCACGCGGGGGGCUCGGCGGCAGGCGGAGGCCGUGGCCCAGCAGCUCCAGGGGCUGGCCUUCUGGCAGGGGGUGCCGCUGAGCCCCCUGCAGGUGGCCGAGGACGUGUCCUUCGUGGAGGAGUACAGGUGGCUGGCCUACGUCCUCCUCCUGCUGCUGGAGCUGCUGGUCUGCCUCUUCACCCUCCUGGGCCUGGCGAAGCAGAGCAAGUGGCUGGUGAUCAUGAUGACGGUGAUGAGCCUCGUGGUCCUGGUCCUGAGCUGGGGCUCCCUGGGCCUGGAGGCAGCGACUGCCGUGGGCCUCAGCGACUUCUGCUCUAGUCCCGACACCUACAUCCUGAACCUGACUCAAGAGGAGACAGGGCUCGACUCAGACAUCCUGAGCUAUUAUUUCCUCUGCAACCAGGCCAUCGCCAACCCCUUUCAACAGAGGCUGACCCUGUCCCAGCGAGCUCUGGCCAACAUCCACUCCCAGCUGCAGGGCCUGGAGCGAGAAGCUGUGCCCCAGUUCCCUUCCGCGCAGAAACCUCUGCUGUCCCUGGAGGAGACCUUGAAUGUGACGGAGGGAAACUUCCACCAGUUGGUGGCGCUACUGCACUGUCGAGGCUUGCACAAGGACUACAGCGCCGCCCUGCGGGGCCUGUGCGAAGACGCCCUCGAGGGCCUGCUCUUCCUGCUGCUCUUCUCCCUCCUGUCCGCCGGGGCCCUGGCCACCGCCCUCUGCAGCCUGCCCCGCGCCUGGGCCCUGUUUCCACCCAGUGACGACUAUGACGACACAGACGAUGACGAUCCUUUCAACCCUCAGGAAUCCAAGCGCUUCGUGCAGUGGCAGUCAUCUAUCUGAGCCUCUUCUCCACGCCAGACGGGAGCCUGUGCCCCCUCCCCGUUCCUUCCCCGGCUGCCGGAGAAGACCCCACUAACCCAGCCUGACGGGGCUCUCACUGCUAACCACGGCCCUGGCCACGGCCACCCAGACAGGACUGCCUCCCGGCCCGCCUCAUCCUCGUGCCCGUAGCCCGUAGCCCCGGAGAAGGCCAGGGCCCGGGGCUGGCCGGAAAGGGGCCCUCCUCCUCGGCCACCAGGGCCAGCCCUGAAGGACACGAGCACCCCCCCCCCCCACGCCCCGGUGGGCGGGCGAAGGGUCUCUCAUCUCAACGCGCGGCACUAACUUGGGAAUGGGUUGAUUUGAAAUAAAAGGGAAGACUUUAUUUUA